GCCCCACCCCCUCUCUCAGUUCCCAGGCUCCUAACCAUCAGGUUCCUGGAUCCUGGUCCCAUAGCCCAGUGCAUCCCCGCUCUCACCCUCUAUCCCAACCCCAAACCCUGCCACCAUGCUGCCAUCCCAGGAGGCCUCGAAGCUGUACCAUGAGCAUUAUAUGCGGAACUCGCGGGCCAUCGGGGUGCUGUGGGCUAUCUUCACCAUCUGCUUCGCCAUCAUCAACGUGGUGGUCUUCAUCCAGCCCUACUGGGUGGGCGACAGCGUGAGCACCCCUAAACCCGGCUACUUCGGCCUCUUCCACUACUGCGUGGGGAGCGGGCUGGCUGGCCGGGAGCUCACCUGCCGUGGCUCCUUCACCGACUUCAGCACCAUCCCGUCUGGGGCCUUCAAGGCGGCCGCCUUCUUCGUGCUGCUGUCCAUGGUGCUGAUCCUGGGCUGCAUCACCUGUUUCGCCCUCUUCUUCUUCUGCAACACAGCCACAGUCUACAAGAUCUGUGCCUGGAUGCAACUGCUUGCAGCUCUGUGCCUGGUCCUGGGCUGUAUGAUCUUCCCCGAUGGCUGGGAUGCGGAGACCAUCCGGGAUAUGUGUGGGCAGAAGACAGGGAAGUAUUCUCUGGGGGACUGCUCUGUGCGCUGGGCAUAUAUCCUGGCCAUCAUUGGUAUCCUCAAUGCCCUCAUCCUCUCCUUCCUCGCCUUUGUGCUGGGUAACCGGCAAAACGACCUCCUGCAGGACGAACUCAAGACAGAGAGCAAAGAUUUUGUUGGCUCUGCGAACAUAACAGAGAUGCUGCCACUGGGCCUUGCCCUCUCUGGAGGCCCCGGACUGGACUCUUUCCCGCCUUUUUCGGCCAACGACGGUUCAGUGACGUGCACCUCGAAGCCUCAGAUGCUGCCAACCUCCCUCGGGCGGCCUCCCCGAGACCCUGCUCUCCCCAGCCAGCUCACCUAAGAUGAAGAUGACCUGCCUGGAGGGAGGGAUCAUGGAGUCCUGGGGUCAUUCACCCCUUCCUUUCUUCACCCAACAUCCCACUGGCCACUGACCCCACCGCUUUCACUGGGGUCCA